AUGUUAUGGACGCUUAUAUCAACCACUGUUGUGCUGCAGAGUGUUCUUCAAGCUACCUCUGCUGUGAGCAACAAGGUGCUUCUUGUCUCCAUGGAUGGUUUCAGGCACGACUACCUUACCAAGGCCGAAACACCCAAUUUUGACAAGAUGGUCGCUGAGGGAGUGACGAUGUCGUACCUGAACAAUACCUUCGUCACAAACACCUUUCCAUGUCACUAUUCUAUGGCUACAGGCUUGUAUUCUGAAAGCAAUGGCAUCGUGGGUAACAGGAUGUACGACCCAGAGCUUAACAGCUUCUUUACUAUGUCUACAACUGAUUCAGCAUGGUGGGACAAGGGGGAACCUGUUUGGAUAACAGCUCGCAAAGCUGGUUUAAAGGCAGGUACAUAUUUCUGGCCUGGCAGUGAAGCUGAGAUCCAGGGACUUCGUCCAACCGUAUUUUUCCCGUAUAACACAUCCGUCCCAUUUGAGGAUCGAGUGAACACAGUGCUGAAAUGGCUGACUGUGGAUGAUUUUGAUCUAGCAGUGAUGUAUUUCCAUGAACCCGACACCAGCGGCCAUGCCUUUGGUCCUGAUGAUGGCAGGAUGGUCCCUGUGAUCGAGAACAUGGAUGUCGUAUUAGGCUGGCUGCUUCAGGGAUUAGAUAAUUCUACUCUGAAGGGAAAAGUGAACAUGAUAGUCACAAGUGACCACGGCAUGACCAAUAUUGAUUUACAAAACAAGAUUAUUGAUCUCUCCAAUUAUGUAAACAACACACUUCUUCAUUCAUUGGUUGACCAAGGGUCGAUAGCUCAAAUCCGACCGCAGCCAGGCAUGGACAACCAACUUUUGGAGGCCUUGUCAGGGAUCGAACAUAUGCAGGUUAUGCUGAAAGAAAACAUACCUGAACGCUUUCAUCUGAAAAACAAUAAAAGAGUUAUGCCUUUAUUUGCAAUUGCUGAUGAAGGGUGGACUAUCACAGAUAAUGUCACAAAAGCUCGAAUGAGAAAGUACAAGGGAAACCAUGGAUACGAUAACAACUUAGAAACAAUGAAACCAAUCUACAUUGCCAGGGGACCUGCAUUCAAAUCUGGGAAGAUUGUUCGUCCUAUUGAGUCUGUGGACAUUUAUCCUUUGAUCUGUUAUUUGCUGGACAUUCAAACUGCACCAAACAAUGGCAGUUUAGACAGAGCCGCUACAUUGCUGAAGUACUAUGGGAAUGCAGUGCCACAGCUGUCUUCAUGCUCACAUCUGUUAUGGUUCCUAGUUAUUGUUCUGAUUUUGACUUGUACUUUACUAGAGGAACAUUUUUAA